GCCAGAAGUUGUGUGAGACCAAGUUGGGUAAAGGAAGUAGCUGGCCAUCUAUUCAUGCAUUCAUGGAGGGAUGAAGAGUUUGGAUGCUGGACCCAAAUGCCUGGGUUCAUAUGCCAGCUCUGUCAGGGCGUCCCAAGGAAGAGAAUCAUUUUUUUGGCAAACAAACCAAGCCCAGAACCUGAUCGUGCUGAAUGUCAUAUGCUGACAGCUCUUGGAAUCUACCCUUUGGCUUAGCUUUCAACCCAGAGGUUCAUCUUACCCAGGAAAAGAAUGGCUUAUGUGAAGAUGAGAUGGAUUUAUAUUUCCCUGGUGGUCCUGGGAGCCCUUUGUCUGUAUUUUAGCCUGGAUGGUCUGAGUCCUUUUAAAGGCGAACCAUUGGUUUUCAAGAACGAAGGUGGGAGCUUCCUUCAGCUCCCAGAUAUAGACUGCAGGCAGGACCCCCCCUUCCUUGUCCUGCUGGUUACUUCAUCCCACGAGCAGAUGUUUGCCCGCUCGGUCAUCCGGAACACGUGGGGGAGAGAAAAGAUCGUGAGGGGAAAACGAAUAAAAACAUUCUUCCUCCUGGGAACCACCCCCAGUAAAGGCAUGUCGAGGGCCGUGUCCCAGGAGAGCCAGCAAUAUCACGAUAUUAUCCAGAAGGACUUCGUGGAUGUUUAUUCCAAUCUGACUCUAAAGACCAUGAUGGGUAUGGAGUGGAUCUACCGUUUUUGUCCGCAGGCAUCUUUCGUGAUGAAAACAGACUCUGACAUGUUUGUCAACAUCUACUAUCUGACCGAACUGCUCCUGAAGAAAAACAGAACAACUCAGUUUUUCACCGGCUACUUAAAACUAAACGAAUACCCAAUCAGGAAAAGGUAUAAUAAGUGGUUUGUUAGUAAAUUCGAAUAUCCGUGGGACAAGUACCCGCCCUUUUGCUCCGGUGUUGGCUAUGUUUUCUCCAGCGAUGUGGCGGGCCAGGUGUACAACGUGGCUGAAAGUGUCCCAUUCAUUAAACUGGAAGAUGUCUUUGUGGGGCUCUGCCUGGAAAAACUGCAAAUCACACUGGAGGAGCUUCACUCCAAGCAGACUUUCUUCCCCAAUGGGUUACCCUUCACCAUAUGCCGUUACAAGAAGAUCGUGGCCUGCCAUCACAUCAAGCCUCACAAUAUCCUGCUGUAUUGGCAGGCUCUGGAAAAUUCCCUGGAGGAAGAGUGUCCAGAUAUCUGA